GAUAAUUAUUGACAGACUGAAAAUUACAUUAGCAGAACAAUAUGAGGGAUCAUAUAAAAUGGGAUGAGACUAAUCUCACUGAGAUUGAAAGAAAUAAACCCGUGAGACAAAAGAUUACUGAACCCAAGACACCAUUUCAUCCAAAGAUUGAGGAUGAUGGUGGUUCACUUUCUCCUUUAAAAACAAUCAACAGUUUUGAUGACUUUUCUGUGGAGACCAUUAGUCCAGAAGCCAUACGUUCUGCUUUGAAUGAUGUAGCUUCUUCUUCUAAUUCUUCUUCUUCUGGUCAGAACAUUGUUCAGAAAUCUGUUGGCUGGAAUUCCUCUGAUGAUGAUGAAGUUGAAGCUGAUCAGUCUAUGGAAGCGGAAAAGAGCGGGAUUAGCUUUAAGGAACAUAGGAGAGCACAUUAUGAUGAAUUCAGGAAAGUGAAAGAACUCGGAGGGAAGGAAGGAUCCAUGGUGGAAGAAGAUGGUUCUGACUUCUGAUCAAUGAAAAUAAUAAUUAUAAUAAUAAUAAUGCAAGUUGAAAUUACAUACAACUUGCUGAUUAUGAAAAUAAUAAUAUGUCAUUUCUUUUUGUAUAGUAUUUUUUUGUAAUAUUUAUA